AAUUAUCCAAGCUGUUAUUCGGUUUGUCAGGGAAGAGUUCGCGGUAUUGGACGAGGACGAGAGAGGGGUGACCCCCGGAGAGCGACGGGGGGGGUGGGGGGGCAAGCAGGGUGGGACAAGACAGAGCUGCGAAUCCAGGAAGCAGAGAAGCCGGUCAGGUGGGAGGCGACGUGACAACACAGGUGACACAGGCGCUCAGGUUCCGUCCAGCUCAGCAUCUCCACCGGUCGUAGUCUGGUCUGGUGAAGAGCAGAGGCAGAAGAGACAGCGAGGAGGAGGAGAGAAGCGUGGGAAACAGCAGGCCACCAUCUUGCCCAGUGUUUAUGGACUGGAGGUGGCCAUGUCUCCAGGAGAGGACGGUCUGAUUGGGAUCCCCUUCCCGGAGCACAGCAGCGAGAUCCUGUCCAGGCUGAAUGCUCAGCGGAGAGCGGGGCUCCUGUGUGACCUCACCUUGACCUCCCGGGGAGCGCGCUACCCCACCCACCGCUCCGUCAUGGCCGCCGUCAGCCUCUACUUCCGCCGGCUGUUUGGGGCGGAGGAGGGCGAAGGGGGAGGGGAGGCGGGGCGAGGAGGGGGAGGGUUCAGCGUGUGUCAGCUGGACUGCGUGGCGCCCGACGCCCUGGAUGCCCUGCUGGAGUUUGCCUACACGGCCACGCUCACCAUCCGCAGCUCCGGGAUGAGAGACGUCCUGAGGGGAGCGCAGCUGCUGGGCAUCCAGUGUGUGGCAGACGCCUGCAGGGAGAUACUGGGGGAGACCGGGGAGGCAGAGGGGGAGGGCUGGGGGGGCGGGGACAGAGCCUGCUCCUCCGAGAGGGAGAAGGAGAGAGGGGUGGAGAGAGGAGUGGAGAGAGGGGUGGAGAAAGGCUCCAGAAGGAAGAAAGACAGAAGGAAGGCGGAGAGGGUGGAGCAGGCGCCGUGGCCGUCAUCCCCCCUGACCUCGCCCCCGACCGCACCCGUCUCCCCCUCUCCUCACCCCUCACCCGCCCACGACCCCGUCCGCUCCAUCCCCCCCACCCUGCCCCCCAGCCCCGAACCGGAGCAUCCCUCCCCAAAAGCGGGGCAGAACGGGGAGCGCAGGGGCAGCAGGGAACCGGAGAGGGGGUCGAAGGUCAACGGAGGGACACACUGGCCCGGGGAGCGCCUUUUCACCUCCAUCCCCUCCUCUCUCCCAGACGACCGCCUGUCUGAGGAGGAGGAGGGGCUGGGGAACGGAGGGGCCCUGGGGGCCUCCUCCACCCACGCCUCCAUAGCCGAGCGAGGGGGGGCGGUGCAGGGGGCGGCAGGGGGAAGGAAGAGGAAGUCCCAGACGCCUCAGCAGUGUCCCGUCUGCCAGAAGAUCAUCCACGGAGCGGGCAAGCUGCCCAGGCACAUGAGGACCCACACCGGGGAGAAGCCCUUCCAGUGCUCUGCCUGCGGGGUGCGCUUCACUCGGAACGACAAGCUGAAGAUCCACAUGAGGAAGCACACAGGGGAGCGUCCGUACUCCUGCCCCCACUGCCCCGCCCGCUUCCUGCACUCCUACGACCUUAAGAACCACCUGUCGCUCCACAGCGGGGCCCGCCCCUUCGAGUGCCCGCUCUGCCACAAGGCCUUCGCCCGCGAGGACCAUCUCCAGCGACACCGCAAGGGCCACAGCUGCCUGGAGAUGCGUACCCGGCGGCCCAGGCGGGGAGCCGGGCAUGGCGAGGACGGCAGGGGGGCUGGAGGCGGCGGGAGAGGGCAUAUCCCUGACCAGGUCGACCAGCGUGAGCCUCUGGCCCUGAACGCACCACGCACCUCUGCUUUCCUGUCUCGAGUUGCGAUGGGCGUUGGAGAAGGCCCCGGGGCUGGAGCCUCCAUGCUGCUCCAGGAGGAGGCUGAGAGAGAGCGGUCUCUGGCCCUGCACGCGCUGUCUCUCCUGGGGGCCCACAGGCUCCAUCCAGGCCUGUCCUGGACGGGGGUGGAUCUCCGGGGAGGCGGAGGGGCGAUGGAAGGAAACGAGACCGAGGAGAGUCACUCUCCCACCCCGCAUCAUGACGUGUGGGAGGAGGAAGAGGAAGAUGAGAUGGGAGAAGAGGACGAAGAGGAGGAGGAGGAAUGAAAGGAGAACCAUGGCUGGGACUGUGGGUGUGGGGGAUGUUGUGUGUCUGUGUGUGUGUGUGUGUGUCUGUCUGCUUUUUGCAGAAUAAAAAACAGAAAGAGCGCUUAGAAAAAAUAACGAAAGCAUACAAAAAAUAUAUAUGGAAAAUGGGUUUUCUGACAAUUUUACGGCCCUUAAAAUUUUUUGUUCGUCUAUUGCAGUUUAUAGUUUUAUUAACUACAUUUUAUUUGAAUUUGAGUCCUUUUUUUCCUGGGGAUAUUCUUUAUUAUCGUCGAGCUGUACAUAUGCAUGUUUAGAGUGCGUGGUUACGAGGAAGCUUUCUGUCGCUAUGCAAACGGCCGUGAGGUACUGAGAAACAGAGGGACGUCUGAGGAGGAAUAUCAACUGUCACUAAACGUCGUUUAAGAACAGGUGACUAAUGUGAGGAAGAUUACAUUCAAUCGUGGUGCGUAGAAUAACGUGCAUUUAAUCACUAUAACCAGUAGGGUUCGAGAUUAUUUGGUUCCAUUCAAAUUCCAAGUCUCUUGUGUAUUCUUAUAACCUGGUAGAUGAUACAGAGAGAAUAUUUGUAAUUUCCAGCAGGCUUGAUAACGUGGAAUGAACAUAAUCCAAGUUCACAUGCUUUUGUCCUCUGGAGUUUUCCCGCAUCCUUCGGUCUGUUGGACACAAUACCAAAGAGUUUUGUUCAUUUAAUUCUUAAAUCGGGUUGAUUGACUUCCGGUGGAAAGAGGCCAAGGUUUUGAUUAAACUUAUUCCUCACUGCUUAGCUGGUUCAGACUGAGACACGGAACAGCUUCCACGUGUAAGACCAUUUCAAGCUUUCAUACUAAUUGAAUAAUGCCUGACCAAAAAAAAAAACUACAAAAAAACGUUUGGGUUUUUGGGUUACUGGUGACAAAUAUGUGUUACCUCUGAGUUUACUUUUGAAGUUCUUUUCCAACGUCUGUGUCUUCCAAAGAGUUUUUCCUUGGCUUUCCAAUUAAGAGGGAGAGAAAAUGAGCAUGAGGGCUUUCUGUAUUUAUUUAUUUAUUUUUCAUUUUUAUUUAUUGUGGCUUUCCAAAUGAAACUGUCAUGGAUACUGGCGGUGCUCCAUGCCGGUGGUUCAGAGGUUUAUCUGCGUUGUGCUGAAAGUUCUGGUUGUUAAAGCCCCCGUUUGCCCACGGCCCUGCUGGGUUAUGUGUCUUCAGUCGAAUAUUCUUCCUCUUCUGCAUUUUUGCACAUUUGAACCCCUGUCGGGUAUCCGCAAUAAUACAGCAACAUUCCAUCCUCCGGGGUCGAGAGAAAGGAACAGAUAGAAGGGAGACUAUGUGAGGGAGAGCACACUUCUACCUCUCUUUCUCUGUCUGUCUUUGAAGAACACAAACCACGAUCGCUUCUGAGCUGUUUGAACUGGCACAGUCAGUUGAAUAGACACUCCAUCCCACAGAGUAAAUGAUUCCUUGCUAUCACAACGUGAACAGUUCAUGAGCUCCAUAAGUACUUUAUUUAAGUCGCAGGAAGGCAAUCUUGCAGUGUCAUUGCGACGAGUGUCUAGUUCCUGACCCUGCGUCUAGUUUGACUAAACCAUCUCAGCUUCAUGGAUUCUGAUCCUCUGGUUAAACAAACAGGAGUUUAGGGGGACGGUUAGAGGUCCAUUGCAGGGAUAAAGUACUCCGGUUUGCUUUUACAGGUAGUUAUUAUCUUUAGUAAAAUUGUAUAUCGCUCUCGGUAACUGAGGGUUGUGUGUGUAUCUGCUACUCUUCAGCAUCCUUGUAGCUUCAGCCAGGUGUAGCACUGCUCUACUGGAGAGCACAGCCCACUCCCUGCAGCAUACAAUACUGUUUAUGUUUCUGAUUUAUUUGCACUAUAAAAAUUGAGAGCUUCAUUCUUUUUUUGUUUUUGUUUUAGCUCCCUUAAUAUUCAUUCCAUGACUUCACUCGGUAUGUUUAUGAUUGUACAAUUGAAAUAGAAGAUAUUUAUCAAUCCUCUAAACUCUUAAUAACAUACAGAAUACUCUUUCUAGUACAUAACUGUAUAGAGUAAUGAUCAUUAAAAAAUACUUAUGUAAUGAGGUGAGGUGAAGUUGCCUUUUUUUUGUGCUGCAACUAUUCUCAGGAAAUCUUGAGCAAUGCACUAAAGUGAUUAUGCAAACUUGUGGGGAGAAAUGUCAUGUUAAUGUCAAUGUGCUUGAGGGGUAUGAACAUCCUUCAUACAAAAGUAUAGAUUAAAAUAUACUAUUUUCUACGUGUACUCUUUGAAUUGGGCCAUAAAGUACGGAUGAAUCCAGACAUUGGACCUGUUGUGAUUACUUGAAACUGGGCUCCAGCACCUGCACGGAGCCUGUCACACACACGGCAGUGUGCGUGUUUCUGGUCGAGGGUUUCUGUUGACAUGACGGCUGUUUCUGUUGACAUGACGGCUGUUUCUUCCCCUGGCUUGAGCUUUGUGAAUGAAUGAGUUUCCCAGAUGCCAGGUGUGAAGCGUUUGUUUCUAUGUGAGCUGAUUGUUUUCUUUGGGGCUUUUGGUGAAGGGACCUGGGGGCUGUUUUGGAUAGAGACCUCGCUAUCAGGGAUAACAAAUGUCUUUCCGUUUUUAGUGGACCUUUCUCAGAGAUAAGAAUUCAUUUUCCCAUCAUUUGUUUCAGAUAAUGUAAAGAAAACAAAUAAAUAAACAAAUAUAUCUGU